AUGGCCCUCGCCCGCACACUCCUCCCCAGGCCUGCGCUCUCCCUCACGUUCGCCCGCCCCAUCCUGUCAACCCACGCCCGCCCCGCCUCCACAAAACACACAAAGAACUUCACGCCCCCCACCACCUCGGACCUCAUCGAGCUGCGCGAGCGAGUCCGCGAAUUCACCAAACGCGAAAUCCCCGAAACCCUCGCCGCCCACACCGACACCAGCAACGCCUUCCCCGCCGCCAUGUGGGGCAAGCUAGGCUCCGCCGGCUUCCUCGGCAUCACGGCCGAGGAGGAGUACGGCGGGCUGGAGCUGGGCUACCAGGCGCACUGCAUCGUGAUGGAGGAGCUCUCGCGGGCGUCGGGGUCCAUCGGCCUCUCGUACGCGGCGCACUCGCAGCUGUGCGUCAACCAGCUCACGCUCAACGGCAGCGAGGAGCAGAAGGCCCGACUGCUCCCUGGCUUGGUGGCGGGCGAGAAGGUGGGCGCGUUGGCGAUGAGUGAGCAUGGUGCCGGCAGCGAUGUGGUGGGGAUGAGGAGUGGGUGUAGGAAGGUGGAUGGUGGGUGGGUGCUGAAUGGGACAAAGAUGUGGAUUACGAAUGGCCCCGACGCAGACGUGGUCGUCGUCUAUGCCAAAUCCGACCCCGACGCGGGCUCAAAGGGCAUCACGGCGCUGAUUGUCGAGCGGGGCAUGGACGGCUUCAGCUGCGCGCGCAAGCUCGACAAGCUCGGCAUGCGCGGGUCCAACACCGGCGAGCUCAUCUUCGAGGACGUGUUUGUGCCCGACGCAAACCAGCUCGGCGCCACCAACAAGGGCGUCACGGUGCUCAUGGAGGGGCUCGACCUCGAGCGUCUUGUGUUGUCCGCCGGGCCCAUCGGAAUAAUGCAAGCCUGCAUGGACAUAACCCUCCCCUACGUGCACCAGCGCAAGCAAUUCAACACCCCCAUCGCCCACAACCAGCUCAUCCAAGCCAAGCUCGCGUCCAUGCACACCAAGCUCUCCGCCGCCCGCGCCUACACCAUGGCCGCCGCGCGGUCCGUCGACGAGGGCACAAUCGAGACCAAGGACUGCGCCGGCGCAAUCAUGUUUGCCAGCGACCGCGCGACCGAGUGCGCCCUCGACGCCAUCCAGUGUCUUGGAGGCAAUGGGUAUGUGAAUGAGCUGCCCGCGGGGAGGCUGCUCAGAGAUGCGAAGCUGUACGAGAUUGGCGCGGGGACGACGCAGAUUAGGCAGAUUGUCAUUGGGAGGGCGUUUAAUCGCGAGUAUAGGGACCAGGUUAUUUAG